GCCGCCUCCCCCACCCCCGUCGUCCCCCUCCCCCUUUUCCAGCCCCGCGGGGUUCGCCGCCCCAUCCCGGGAGCCGCCGGCCUCUCCAGCCCGCCCGCCUUCGAUGUGACACGGGCGCCCCGGAGCGCGACCUGAAGCCGCCACCGCCGGAGCAGCAGCAGGAGGAGGAGGAGGAGGAGCAGGGGAGGAGGAGGAGAGCCAUGUCGAACCUGAGCAAAGGGACAGGCAGCCGGAAGGACACCAAGAUGCGGAUCCGGGCCUUUCCGAUGACCAUGGAUGAGAAAUAUGUAAACAGCAUUUGGGAUCUUCUGAAAAAUGCAAUCCAAGAGAUCCAGCGUAAGAAUAACAGUGGUCUUAGUUUUGAGGAGCUGUAUAGAAAUGCAUAUACUAUGGUUUUGCAUAAACAUGGAGAAAAGCUCUACACUGGACUAAGGGAAGUUGUUACUGAACACCUCAUAAAUAAGGUUCGAGAAGAUGUACUAAAUUCAUUGAAUAACAACUUUCUUCAAACACUAAAUCAAGCUUGGAAUGAUCACCAGACAGCUAUGGUGAUGAUUAGAGACAUUCUAAUGUAUAUGGACCGUGUCUGUCAGCAAAAUAAUGUGGAGAAUGUCUACAAUUUGAUUAUUAUUUUUCGAGAUCAAGUUGUACAAGGGUGUAUUAGAGAUCACCUCAGGCAAACUCUGUUGGACAUGAUUGCAAGAGAGAGAAAAGGAGAAGUUGUGGACAGAGGUGCAAUAAGAAAUGCUUGCCAGAUGUUAAUGAUUCUAGGUCUUGAAGGAAGAUCAGUUUAUGAAGAAGAUUUUGAAGCUCCAUUUUUGGAGAUGUCUGCAGAAUUCUUCCAGAUGGAAAGUCAGAAAUUUUUAGCUGAAAACAGUGCUUCAGUUUAUAUAAAGAAAGUAGAAGCAAGAAUUAAUGAAGAAAUAGAACGAGUGAUGCACUGCCUGGACAAAUCGACUGAGGAGCCGAUAGUGAAGGUGGUUGAAAGAGAACUAAUUUCUAAACAUAUGAAGACCAUAGUAGAAAUGGAGAAUUCUGGCCUUGUGCAUAUGUUGAAAAAAUGGAAAGGACAGAAGGAGUUAGGGACAGACCUUGCCUGCAUGUACAAGUUAUUUAGCCGUGUGCCAAACGGUUUGAAAACAAUGUGUGAGUGUAUGAGCUCAUAUCUAAGGGAGCAGGGUAAAGCCCUUGUUUCUGAAGAAGGGGAAGGAAAGAAUCCAGUUGAUUAUAUUCAGGGUUUACUGGAUUUGAAGAGUAGGUUUGAUCGCUUUCUCCAAGAAUCAUUCAAUAAUGACCGGCUCUUUAAACAGACAAUUGCGGGUGACUUUGAGUAUUUUCUCAACCUCAACUCCAGAUCCCCAGAAUACCUCUCGUUAUUUAUUGAUGAUAAGCUUAAAAAGGGAGUCAAAGGACUUACAGAACAAGAAGUAGAAACAAUAUUGGAUAAGGCAAUGGUCCUAUUUAGGUUUAUGCAAGAGAAAGAUGUAUUUGAACGUUAUUAUAAACAACAUUUGGCCCGAAGACUUCUUACAAAUAAAAGUGUUUCUGAUGACUCAGAAAAAAAUAUGAUAUCUAAAUUAAAGACUGAAUGUGGAUGUCAGUUCACAUCAAAACUGGAAGGAAUGUUCAGGGAUAUGAGCAUCUCAAAUACAACUAUGGAUGAAUUCAGGCAGCAUCUUCAGGCUACGGGGGUAUCAUUAGGUGGUGUUGACCUCACAGUUCGAGUCCUCACAACAGGAUACUGGCCCACUCAGUCAGCCACACCAAAGUGCAACAUCCCGCCAGCACCAAGACAUGCUUUUGAAAUAUUUAGAAGGUUUUAUUUAGCCAAACACAGCGGUCGGCAACUAACACUCCAGCACCAUAUGGGUUCUGCGGAUCUCAAUGCCACCUUUUAUGGACCAGUUAAAAAGGAAGAUGGAUCAGAAGUUGGUGUUGGAGGUGCCCAAGUAACUGGCUCUAAUACACGGAAGCACAUAUUGCAAGUCUCUACUUUCCAGAUGACAAUAUUAAUGCUCUUUAAUAAUAGAGAAAAAUACACUUUUGAGGAAAUUCAACAAGAGACUGAUAUCCCUGAAAGAGAACUUGUUAGAGCCCUACAGUCCCUUGCAUGUGGUAAACCAACACAGCGGGUUCUCACAAAAGAACCUAAAUCAAAGGAAAUAGAAAAUGGUCAUAUAUUUACGGUUAAUGAUCAGUUCACAUCCAAACUGCACAGAGUCAAGAUUCAAACAGUUGCUGCCAAACAAGGGGAAUCAGACCCAGAAAGAAAAGAAACAAGGCAGAAAGUCGACGAUGACAGAAAGCAUGAGAUAGAGGCUGCUAUAGUACGGAUAAUGAAAUCUAGAAAGAAGAUGCAGCACAAUGUGCUAGUAGCAGAGGUAACUCAACAGCUGAAGGCCCGAUUCUUACCAAGUCCAGUUGUUAUUAAAAAACGUAUUGAAGGACUUAUUGAGAGAGAAUAUUUGGCACGAACACCUGAGGAUCGCAAAGUAUACACUUACGUAGCAUAAAAUGCGUUCAGAAAAUUGAUUUAUUCUUGGACUAUACAAUUCGCAUGAACUGGGAAGUUCUUUUAAAUCAUUAAAUAUUAAGACGACCAUCUCUUCUAUUAAAUUGCAGUACGUGUUCUAGACCAUUCAGAUCAAGCCUUUACUCCCUUUGAGAGUUUUCAACAUCAAUUGAUUGAGCUUCAGGCUUUUCAACGUUAUCCCUGUAGAGAUCAUCUUUACAGUUCCUCGGGAAAAUGUGAAUGUGCCGCGUUUUGUUUUCAAUACUGUAUGAAAACAGGAAAAAAAAAUAAAACAAAAAUUUAGAAAAUACAGCUCAUUAAAAAAUAAAAUUGUUGGAAUUUCAUUUCCCCAGGUCUUCAGUGUUGAUGUAAACGUGUUUUUGUAGUGUUGCUUAGCACUUUGCGCAUUGUAUAAGUUGGGUAACAGAAAGAUAAAAGAAAUGACAGGAUUCCCAAUGAUCUUGCUCUGCUUCCAACAUUUCUUGAGUCAUGUUAAUUUAAAGAUUUGGUCAAUAGUCAAAAACCCAAGGAUACAAUUUUAGCAUGUUUCACUACUCAGAUCGCACUUACUAAUCUAGCCUCACAACCAUGAAUCUUUGUUUCUGUCAUAAUUGGCUUUUUCCUGUUUUAAUUUGAAUUCUUCCAGAUUAAGUCCUUAUAUUGAUUAGGUUCUGUUCUGCAUUAUUUCUAGAGGUAAAAAAGGAAAAUAUUUUAGUAUGUAUAAAUUGUAUAAUAAUUUUUUUUUUGCUGUUGUACUCACUGCUGAGAGUGAUUUGUACAGGGCGGUGUUUUUAUUUCAUUUAUUGUAGACAAAUUCAAAAUAAAUGGAUUUAGUGUUCA